UCACUGCGCUCUGGUGACGCGCAGUCCUUUCACAAUAGUUCCUACAACUCUUACCCUGGUUCGUAAAUCUUAUGAAUAGGACAGAGAGGUUGAGAUAGAAUACUCAUAUUAUGUACUGAUGAAGUCACCAGGGGAAUUUCCCAUUGCAAAUGUACGUCACUGCCCAGGUCCUCACAGGUGAAACAACUUCUUAAUUGAACUCCACAAUAAUGCGGCCUGGACUAACACGAUGUUCAAAAUAUUUAUUUUAAGAAGGCCUAACAUCACUAUCUGGCUUAAUUUCAUAACAUUAGGUCUACACAAUUUCUAACUGUAUUUGUUCAGAGUGAUUGACACUAAAUUGGCAUUUAGCAGUUCAUGGGGCCAUACCAUUCCUCAUCUGACAAACUAGGAAGCCAUGACAUAAACAUGAGAAACACCUCACCAGACCUGUUUUACCAGCUCAACCUUGAGUCCUUGCAUAUGCUCUUAAGCAGCAUUGGUUUCAUGUGAACUGGCAUUUCAGCUUUGCCCUCUUUGAGAGUUGUUGCUUUAACUAAAAUCACUUGCAUUAUUUAUAGUUGUUACCUCAUUUUCUAGUUCUGUAACCUAUUUAAACAGGGGAUCUUGUGGUUUUUCUAAACGUCAAGGUUGAUCUCGAAGAAAUCCAGGUUAUUUUUCUACAUUCCACCCGGGACCAUGGCCUCAGCAUGGUCUGAAGAAGAGACCUUUGUCUGCUCAGUGUGCCUGGACACCCUGAAGGACCCAGCCACUCUACCCUGUGGACAUUCAUACUGCUUGGCUUGUAUCCAGAGGCACUGGGACAAGGGAUACAGCAAAAGUCAGUACAGCUGCCCCCAGUGUAGGCAGGUGUUUAACCCUCGACCCUCGCUGUCUAAGAGCACUGUGCUAGUGGAGGCUAUGGAGAAACUGAGAACCAACAGCAUCAGGCAAAGCUCCUCCAAAGCUGUCUCCUCUGCCCCGCCAUCCAUGCCUAUCUACCUGGAGGUCCUACCAGGUAUAGGGCCGCGCCCGGGCAGCAUGUACCCUCAGCUUCCAACUGUGGAGGCCAGGUCCUGCCCUCAACACAAACGACCCCUGGAGUUUUUUUGCCACGAGGACAAGGAGAGCGUGUGUGAGGUGUGUUGCCAGCAUGGACACGAGGGACAUCGUGUGGUCAAACCACAGGAAGAGAGGAGGGAGAGACAGAAAGAGGUUGUCAAGAUCCAAGUGGAAAUACAGAAGAGAAUCCAGGAGACGGAAAAGAGGCUUAUAGAGCUCCCACAUGCUGCCCGCCAACACAAAGCCUUGGUGCAGGCUAUAAAUCAAGAGGGCACAGAUUUGUUCUCAGAGCUUGUCAAGACUGUGAAUCAAACAGGCAUCCAGGUUGGUGAGGCCCUAAGCACCCAUGAGACCUCCUUAGGCAGCCGGGUCGAAGGACAGAUCCACAGACUGGAGCAGGAGGUGGCACCACUGCGCUGGAAGAAUGAGGAGCUGAUCAGGCUGAAGGACAUGCAGGACGACAUCUGCUUCUUGAAAAAUUUCUUCGUCAUGGAGCCUCUGGGUCAGACAGGUGCAAUAGGAGAGUCAAUCCUGAGUCAGGAGGAAGUUGUGAUAGCCUCUGUUCGUUCUAUCAUGAAAGAACUACAGGAGUCGAUACAGGACCUCUGCAAGGUCAGUCUUGGCAAGGUCAUCACAUUAGUGAAUCCUGAUGCAGUGGCCUCAACAUCCAAUGAUGCCUCAGCAGCAUCAACAGCGGCAUCAGCAUCAGCAUCAGCAGCAGCUGGCAGUGGUCAGGCAACCCCACAAACUCUAGUGUAUGGAAUGAUGACAGACACUGCUCCUUUACCACCUCCACGACCUCAGUGGCAUGAGGAUUCAUUAAAAGGUCCUGCAUGUGCUGAAGCUUCAGCCCCACCUUCACCCUUCCCUCCUCCCCAACCUCAGGCACCUCCUGUAACAACCGUUGGACUUGUUAACCCAGAUCCAAAAACAAGAGAAGAAUUACUGAAAUUUCGCUUUGAGCCCACAAUGGACGCCAACACUGUGUAUCGCCACAUGCAGCUGUCAGAUGGAAGUCAUAAGGCCACGAUGCGUGCUGAGAACCUGAACCUACCGGAGCAUCCCGAGCGCUUCCUCUUCUGGAGGCAGGUUCUCUGCAGAGAGGCUCUGGCAGGGAGCCCUUACUACUGGGAGGUGGAGUGGACUGGCAAGAAGAUAACCAUAGGCGUGGCAUACAAGGAGAUGGAUCGUACCUCUUCUGAUGACAGCAGCCGUUUUGGCCACAACGCUCUGUCUUGGAGCUUGUACUGGUCUGGGACCGGCUUCUCUUUCUGGCACAAUGGUCAGGAAAAGCUGCUGGGCUCUCCUAAGGCCCGGCGGAUUGGCGUAUAUCUGGACCAUCAAGCAGGGAUUCUGGCCUUCUACCGCAUCUCCAACAACAAGGCUGAUCUCAUCCACAAACACCAGAGCCAGUUCACAGGCCCGCUGUACCCAGGGUUCAGGUUCUGGACCGGAGUGGGAGCUGCAGUGACUAUUUGCCAAUUGGAUUGAGAUUUAUAUGACAAAUGUGCUCUCAGUUUUUCAUAUAACCUGCUUGUCUGUUUGGGAAAUUGUAAUAAGGAAGAAGAAGCAACAGCUUUAUUGAUGUGAUUGAUUUAUAAGUAAAUAAAAGAACACAAAACACACAUUCCCUCAAUAUGUCCUUAUUAAAACAGAAUUUGGGGAUAGCUUAACUGAGUAGUUUGAGUAGCCCUCAGUAUUGGUUUGAAUAGUAUAUAGGCACCUUCUAAGGUGCAUUAAGCAACCAGAGUGAUGAUGACCUUAUCUUAUCGCAGCAAUGGUGACCUGGAUGCUUUUAAACUCCCCUUUUAUUCGUACGAUAUUUAUUUAACCUCCAUUGUCUUCCCUUUCCAUUCUUGUGCCACAGUAAAGGUUGAUAUUUGUUGUCAUAAUUGCCAUCCAAUCAAAUAUCUAUUUUGACUCAAAUAUUCACCACCUCACUCAUUGCUCUUAGGAGGAAACUCUUUUGUGUGUCUUCUUCUCUUGACCUAACACUCACAAGAAUAGCCUGGCUUUGUGCUAGUCAGGAAAUUCAACCCUAUUCACAGGAAGACAAUAAAAGUCUCAUGUUACA